AUUCGAACUAACUAGUUCAUCGAUUAAUCGACUACUAAAAUAAUCGAUAGCUGCAGCCCUAAUUCUAAACAUCAUAUAAAUUAUUUAAUUUUAAAAAUAAAUAAAUAAAUAAACUGUACGUUGAGUUAAUAAAGCCUUUGAUAGUGUAUUAACUGCUUUUGAUGAAUGUCCAACAGAACACCAGAGAAGUGAUAGCUCAUUUUUCAAGAAUUUUAAAGCCAAAAUGUCCUAGAUUCUGGAAUGGCACAUUAGAACCACCACUUCUAAUGUGUCCAUCAUUAAUCUAAAUAAAACAUUCCUUAAGUCGAAUAAUGUGAUAAGUGACUAUGACAGUUGGCUCAGCGUCACUUGCAGUUACACACACACGCACACACACACACACACACACCAUCACAUGCGCAUACACUUACUCUCUCACUCACUCCCAGGAGAACAAGACCAGCCAUCUGCUGUUGACUGCAACUGUUGUCUAGGCCUCACACACUUUCUUGCUGGGUAAUGUGUGUGCUACUUCACCAGUUACUUUAGCAUGUUUAGGAUCCUCCCACCCUCCCAUUUGCCACUUUUGCCAUCCCUCACAGUGUGUUACAUCGCAAGGGUCAUCAGUCACAAGUCGCUUGUUCUCUUCAUACAUCAAAAUGUGUAGAGGGUUAUCACGGGGAGGCUAUAGCUUCAGAGGCUUUGGUGUAUAAAUUAUUCAUUCUCAAGGGUUCGGAUCAGCUACUUGAAGCCAGAUCAAAAAGGACUACUCGAAAAUUAUACUGGGCCAGGAGAUGUAUUGGGAACUGUGGCUGAGCCAGGUCACGGGCAGUGCCGCACUGCAGUGCAUGCUGCUCCAGAACAAAGAAGCUCUCCACAGGCCAUUCGGACUGGACUCUGCGGCCCUGACAGAAGCAGUGCGCUGGAGCUCCAAGGAAAAUCUCUUGGGGGCGACUGAGAGUGACCCCAACCUGUUUGUUGCACUUUAUGAUUUCGUGGCCAGUGGAGACAACACGCUCAGUAUCACAAAGGGAGAGAAACUACGCGUGCUUGGCUACAACCAAAAUGGCGAAUGGAGCGAGGUUCGCUCCAAGAACGGCCAGGGUUGGGUCCCUUCCAACUACAUCACGCCCGUCAACAGCCUAGAGAAGCACAGUUGGUACCAUGGGCCCGUUUCGCGCAGUGCUGCCGAGUACCUGCUUUCAUCCCUCAUCAAUGGCAGCUUCCUCGUCCGCGAAAGCGAGAGUAGUCCCGGACAGCUGUCCAUUUCUCUCCGAUACGAGGGGAGAGUUUACCAUUAUCGAAUCAACACUUCCUCAGAUGGAAAGGUUUAUGUGACAUCCGAAAGCCGCUUCGCCACCCUGGCCGAGCUGGUCCACCACCACUCCACUGUAGCCGACGGCCUAGUCACAACACUGCACUACCCGGCGCCCAAAUGCAACAAGCCCACCGUGUAUGGCGUGUCGCCAAUUCACGACAAGUGGGAGAUGGAGCGCACAGACAUCACCAUGAAGCACAAGCUGGGAGGUGGCCAGUACGGCGAGGUGUACGUGGGUGUGUGGAAGAAGUACAAUCUAACUGUGGCGGUGAAAACACUCAAGGAGGACACCAUGGAAGUUGAGGAAUUUUUGAAAGAGGCUGCAGUCAUGAAGGAGGUUAAACAUCCGAACCUGGUUCAACUUCUUGGCGUGUGUACACUGGAGCCUCCAUUUUACAUCGUGACAGAAUACAUGCCCCACGGCAACCUUCUGGACUACUUGAGGGACUGCGACAAAGAGGAAGUGAACGCUGUGGUUCUGCUCUACAUGGCCACGCAGAUCUCCUCAGCAAUGGAAUACUUGGAGAAAAAGAACUUUAUCCACAGGGAUCUUGCGGCAAGAAACUGCUUGGUCGGGGAGAAUCACGUAGUUAAGGUGGCAGACUUUGGUCUGAGCAGGUUGAUGACUGGUGACACCUACACUGCACAUGCCGGGGCCAAGUUCCCCAUCAAAUGGACCGCACCAGAAAGCCUCGCAUACAACACCUUCUCCAUCAAGUCGGAUGUAUGGGCAUUUGGGGUCCUGCUGUGGGAAAUCGCAACCUACGGCAUGUCUCCAUACCCAGGCAUUGAUCUGUCUCAAGUCUAUGACCUUCUAGAAAAGGGUUAUCGCAUGGAACAGCCUGAGGGAUGUCCGCCAAAGGUUUAUGAACUCAUGAGGGCAUGUUGGCAAUGGAGUCCAUUAGACCGGCCAUCGUUUGCAGAGAUCCACCAAGCGUUUGAAACUAUGUUCCAUGACUCCAGUAUCUCAGAAGAGGUGGCAGAAGAGCUCUGUAAGACGGCCUCCUCCGGUCAUGGAGGUCCCUUGCACUCUUUCGACACCCCGCUGUUGCCCUCCAAAUCGCGCUCAAUGCACAAGCACACAGAGAAUAAGGAAAACAUCGAGGGUGGGCUCGACGGCCGGCCUGACCUCAGCACGCACGGUCCCUCAGGCUGGUGUUCUUUAUUAGGAGGUGACGGACGCACCGGAGGUUCCCCAGCGCUGCCCAGAAAACAGCAACCCCGUGAUAAAUCUCCUGGCAGCCUUUUAGAGGACGCGCUAGACACGGGGACAUUCACACGAGACCGGAAGACAAGCUUCUUCAGCUCCUUCAUCAAGAAAAAAUCAUCGUCGUCGUCUUCAUCUUCAUCCUCACCAUCUUCCCAGCAUCAACAGAACCUCCCGACGCCCCCCAAAAGAAGCAGUUCCUUUCGAGAGAUGGAGACGCAACCGCACAAGAAAUAUGAGCCCACUGCUGACUUCAGUCCCCCACCUCCACUUCCACAAUCUGACAGUUUAGGGGGCUUUUCUGCGUCCCCUUCUCAUUCCCAAGGCGAGCCCGCACAGACACAGUCACGUUGUUGCGGCGCCGCAUUUGGACAGAAGCCCUCUGCCGGGGGACUCGUUUCCCAAGUAACUAGCGGCAGCAGCUGGGGAGGACUCGCCGGAUUUUUUACCCCCAGGCUUAUCAAAAAGACCCUUGGGCUCAGGACAGGAAAAGCAGUUUGCUCAGGGGAUGGUGGAAACACAGUUGGGGGGCCUAAACCCUUACCUAGGUCCAAUUCUACCUCCUCAAUGUCAGCCGGGUUGCCGGAUCUAGAGCGUAUUGCUCUCACUUUACCCAGGAACCGUAGUGCUAAAACCCCUCUGGAGAGGACCGCUUCAACCACGUCCCAGCCAGAGAACGGGGCUGCACGUCCCCCCGAAACUCUGCUCAGAAGGAUGGAUGAGGGGACCGCACAGAUCAGGGAACGGCCCAAAGCUAAGCUGCUACCCCGGAGCACUGCAGCAGGAGGAAGAGCACCAGGGGUCGGCGGAGAAGUCGGUGACUUGGUCAGAGAGGACGGUGGGCCAGGACUAGAAAGGCAGCAGAGCUGGUCGUCCCCCUCUAAGACUUCAGCCGUCACGUCGGCAAGCGCGAUAACUUCACAAACUCACAACCACAAAGUUCCAGUUCUCAUUUCCCCUACAUUGAAAAAUAGCCCAGGUGAUGUGCAUCUCGUUGGGCUGGACUCUCAGGGGAACCGCUUCAAACUGCUGUCCGAGCACCAGGCCGACAGGGAUAGGCCGCGGCUCGUCAAACCCAAAUGCGCGCCGCCUCCUCCGCCGACUCUACGCGGGACACAACACUCGUAUGGCGGCGAGGGAGACGAGCAUGUCGAAGUCAACGGUGAUACAUUAAAAGGCCACAAGCCAGGGCGGUUGUCAGGAGUGACCACGAGCAGACCGUCUGUGCCACCGCCACAAGUGCCUCCCGCUUCUUCCGCAACUCCCGCUAAAAUGGCUAACGGAGCAGCCGGCACCGCCGCUUCCUCGCACUCCGCGACGUCCGCCGGCUCUAAAGUGGCACUACGGCGAACCAGACAGCCUUCGGAAAGGGUCCCACCUGAGCGGGUCAGUCGCGAGGCCCUUCUGGAGUGUGCCAAUUGCCUGAGUAGCGUUCUCCACAGCGGCUCAGAAAGCCCGUCCAGCAGUCAAGUCCUGGACGCCGGCCACCAGCUCCUGGACUACUGCUCGGGUUACGUGGACUGCAUCCCCCAAAUGAGGAACAAAUUUGCCUUCCGUGAGGCCGUGGGGAAACUGGAGCUCAGCCUGCAGGAGCUGAGGGCCUCGACCUCAGGUGGCGGUGGCCCCGGGUGCGUGGGCUCCAACAGUGUACUAGACAACCUGCAUAGCUGCAUUAAAGAGAUUAGCGAUGUAGUUCAGAGGUAGCCGACACUAAAACAUCACAACACCGUAAAAUACUUUCAGAUUCCUUUAAAGUAGGAUUGGGUAAACCGGCCCUUAAGGGCCGCAGUGGGUCCUGGUGUUUGCUCCAGCUGAUCCAAAACAGACAGUUGAACCAAUGAGAUUUUAGCAGAAACAAGAAGCCUGACUACAAUCAACUGUCCUGCACUUGUAAAACAUCAGAUUGGUCUAAAUGUGUUCUCUUAAAGGGGAAGUUCAGGAUUUUUGACAUCAGGCUUAAUCUUCGAGUUAGCGAGGGUUUAAUUACGGUAGUCGGUGGAGUUGAUUUCAACAAAUUCCGUGCAGUUAGUCAGGGGUCGCGUUAACCGGAUAUUUUCCGUCGUUGACCGUUUUUUUAAAACGGUGACGGAAAAAACUGAAGUCCGUCCGUCAUUUUGACAGGUUGCAAUUCACACCCCAGACCACAGGGUGGCGAGUUAGCAUAUUAAUUAGCUAUUGUCUCUCUUUAUGCAUGACAUCGUUGGCUCUUCUGUCAGAAUAUUGUAGCGUCACCGGGGUCUGGCGGCGGCACCGUGAUUGACACAUCAACGCGAGGUUCUUAUUGGUGCACCCGGUGUGCCAGCGCGUCAUCCAAUUGGUGGACAAGAUUGCCGCCUGUGUAUAGACCCCAAUCACAUGACGUCACAACUCCGCCCCCCUGACCGGAGCCGCCAUAUUGUGUGUCAGCUCGUCAUGUUUACACAUUACCGCUACGUACAUGCCUCCUAUUACGGCGUGUUUUUCUGCUCGUUAAUAUUAAUAAUCAAAAUAGUGAAGGCGUGUGUGGCGGUUGGUUGCUGUAACAGAGAAGAUAGACGGAGAGACUUGAAGUUCUACCGUAUUCUGAGAGACCCGAAGAUGAGAGCGAGAUGGACUGCUGUAAUUCGACAAGAAAUCUGGGCACCAAACGAUCACCACUAUGUAGUAGUCUUUUUAUAUCUGGUAAGAUGCAUUUAAUAUAUAUUUAGAAGAUUUUGGGCUGACAACCACAAUUAAGAUCAUUGUGUGACAUUGGUGAUUGGGGUCUACAUCGUUGCCUCUUUUUCUUUGGGGGCGGAGUUGUUGGCGGUAAGCAGAGUAAAAAGGGAGAAAAAUACCACGACUUCCGUGUCUAAUUUUUCGCCGCCAAGCAAGCGUUACAAUAUUAAUUAAAAAUGAAUGCUAAAUACUAUUGAAUAUGUCAUCAUUAUCAUUUUAAAAAUUUAAGUGACGGGUAAAAAUAGACUAUGACCGGAUUUUUAUGACCCUGUCAGUCAAAAUGACAGACAACGAAAAUGUCUAGCGCAACCUCUGCAGUUAGUUAUUUAUUUGUUUCAGGGCUCUGGAGUGGCUAAGCUAGUGCGAGUCAAUUGGGCCAUUUUAGCAUGCCAAUAAAAAACAACAUAUGCACACAUGAAAAUCAUCGAUGACCCAUGCAAUCAAUAGUGUUGGCUAUGUUUUCAAAAUAUUAAAACUUACCAUUGCAUGUCAAACAUUGCAGUAUGAACAGAAACAUUUGUAAGCCAGAAGCUAUGCAGAGGGGCAAGGCAGAGUUAUUACAUUGGUUUUUUUGUUUGUUUUUUGUGUUUUUUAUCUGCUGAUUUUUUUAUGUCACAGCCAGCAGCAAAUAACCAGUUUAUAUUCUUCCUCGUUCUUCAUAAGGAAUUUGUGGAAACUUUCCUUUGCCCAUUUCCUCUGGCGGUUUCCAUAGCCUCUAAAUGCUCAUUUCACCAUCUUGCUGGCCGUCCGUUAACUCAGCAGACUGAUGCUGCAUUCGAGGGAGGUGGGAAGUCCGUUUGUGACCUCCGAGCUGGAAAAAUAUCAUUGGAACUCCUCCACUAUUUGAUCACUUACGCGAAGGCAGGUUUGCUUGAGGUCAAAAUGUCUUGAUGGCCAAAAUAAAAAAUAACUUGUCGCGUUCAGCCAUCGUUGCUGUUUACAUUCGUUUGGAACGCUUUGAUGUCGCAACUGGUACCCUCCGAGCGGGAUAAAUCCGACUUCCCACCUUCCUUGAAUGCAGCAUGAGCAUGAGUUGCUGAAGCACUCAUCUCUAUUGUUGUCUAAAAAGUCCUGCAGAAUGAAAUUAAUUACAGCAGUUUGGUGUUUCGGCCGCAUAGGUGUUUUGGAACAAUUAUGUUUUGAAUUUGACUACGUUGGAUCUGUUUGUAGAU